GAGCGGGGAGGCGGCCCUGCCCAUAUCGGCGGGGCGAGCGCGCCAUGUCAGAGUUCCAGAUUUCGGUGGAAGAGCUCAACGACCUGCUGGCCAACGGCAGCGGCUGUUACAGCCUCCCCAGCGCGCACAGCAACGAAGUGGCGCCCCGCAUCCACGUGGGCAACGCGUUCAUAGCCAAAAAUGUCAUGCGCUUACAACGCCUGGGUAUCACCCAUGUCCUCAAUGCAGCAGAAGGCAAGUCUUUCAUGCAUGUGAAUACAAAUGCUGAAUUUUAUGAAGGAACUGGUAUCACCUACCAUGGCAUCAAGGCCAACGACACCCAGGAGUUCAACCUCAGCCGUUAUUUUGAAGAAGCUGCUGAUUUUAUCGAUAAGGCGUUAGCACAGAAAGAUGGUCGAGUGUUCGUCCACUGCCGCGAAGGCUACAGCCGCUCACCCACCCUCGUCAUCGCUUACCUCAUGCUCCGGCAGAACAUGGAUGUCAAAAGCGCUGUCAGCACCGUCCGGCAGAAACGGGAGAUCGGCCCCAACGAUGGCUUCUUGAGGCAGCUGUGCCAGCUCAACGAGAGGCUGGUGAAGGAGGGCAAGCUGAAGAAGGCAUAGCCACUGCCUAGCCCUUGGCCUUUCUGCACUCCUCGCCAAAACACUACUAGUUGCUUUGGGUUGAGGGCUCCGGCCGCCAGGCUGCCCAAGCGAGGCAGGAGAAAGCUCCAGUUGCUUCCCCAAAGGCUGGGUGGGCCUGGCGGUUUCGAGUAGGUACCAGAGAGUUACUGCAGUAUUGUGGCCCCCUUAACGUGGACCCCCACCUUGUCCAGCCAGGCACCAGCUCACAUGUCUUUCUUUUGGAAUCUGUUGAAUAGAGUUUUUAUGUGUGAGAAAGAGGGGAGGAAAGCUGAAGGGCUUGGUUUCUAAGCAUUUUGUACCAUGACUGUAUGUGUCUUAAGUUUCACAGGAUCUGAUUUUGCUCUUGUCCUCAUUUGCUUAGCCAGCUGUUCCUUCCCCCAGCCCCCUUGUAGAUCUAAUGGAGGACUUCCUUCUUCUUCACACGCAUAGAGGUAAGGGCUGUCCUUUACAUGGGUGGCAGCCUAGGUUGAAGGUGUGGGCUUGAGGGGGCUGGGCUGUAGUCCAUGUGAUUCAUGUGCAGGGAGCAUCGGGGUUCUUUGUGAUUUCCCCAGAAGGUUUAUAUAGAUAACCCGCCUUCUAAAACUGUAGACUUCAGGUGGCAGAGCAGUGCUGGAUUCAUUUCUCCUCUGCUGAGUCCCGGGAAGGUUUUAGAGGAGGAAGCCCUACCUUGUUGAACCAGGCUUUGACAUUCAGCUCCAAUCUAUUUCACAAUUUUAAGAAUGGUAGAAUUUAAAAAUGAACAGACUGUUGAGGUCAUCUAGUCUGCACAUAAAUGUGCAAGUGCACCCACAUGCACGCAGAUUCUGUGCAGGAAGAAUCUCUGCAACUGUGGCUCUCCAGGCUGCUUAAUACCUUCAGCAAAGGAAAUCCCAUUUCCUUCUGAGGCAAGUUAAGUCCACCAUCCAGCAGUUCUUAGCUGCUAGAAAAGUUUGUGCUAAUGUUUUGCUGCAAUCUUCUUGCUUGGCCCUUCUACCCAUUCCUUCAAUUCCUACUUUCUAGAGAAGAUUUUCUCGGCCACUUGAAGAUGUGUGGACUUCAACUCCCAGAAUUCCCCUGCCAGCAUUGCUGGCAGGGGAAUUCUGGGAGUUGAAGUCCACACAUCUUCAAGUGGCCAAGGUUGGGAAACACUGUUCUAGAGCCACAGAGAACAUGCUGAUCCUUUUUCUGUGUCAUACCUUUCAGCUAUUUGAAGAGAGCUAUAUGGUUGCCUCUUAGUGGUGAUGCUGGGCGCUCCCAUUCUCUGGAACCAGGCUUCUAUCUAGAAUAGGUCAUAAGCAAUAAAUUGAGCCAGGAUCAGGGUCAAGCAUUUCUGCAAAGAGGCACAUCUGGCUGUCAAAUGUAUGCGUGGGAGCGUUUGUGUGUACGCCACACACACCACCACCGGCACCACAUACCUCUUUUGCUUAUGCUAGUUGAAGUAGGCCCCUUGGAUCAUCACGAGAUGGGAGAAUUAACACUUAGUAAAAAGAAGCACAAUUUCUUGUCACCAUGUAAUCUUUCUGUAUAGCUGUAUUUGAUAUAAAUGUGGAUGUAAAAUACUGAGACACACACACACACACACGCAAUGAAAAAGCCAUCUAAGAACAAGCUGUUAAUGUAGUAAUAUUUUGUAUAUAUUGUUGACAUAGGUAGGUUUACAGCUUCUGGUGUUAGAAGCAAAUUCUCCCCACUCUCCCCCCCCCCCUUUUUUUCCCUGUUCUGUUCUUUUUCCCUCUGUGUGUCUACAAAAUCACCAGGACGUACCUCUGGUUCCAAUACUGUUGGUACGAUUUUGGCGCUGCUAGGCUGCAGUGAUGAUAGAAAUGGCUGGUUUCCUGUUGAGCUUCAAUGAGGGAUAUUAGCAACCUGCUUCCUCUUGGCCCGAGGUCUUUGCCAAUAGUAAUAGUAGUUUUUGAAAUGCUGGAUUUGCUAAGUGGAACAAAUUAGCCUAAAUAAGCUGAUCACAUGAUUUAAUUUAUUCUGGCAACACAGAUAUUCAUAGCCUUGUGUGAGAGCUAUGUUGUAUAGAAUUCUAUGUGGUUACGUUUGAGAUCUCUCCCACCCCCCCAUCUUAUUUUCUACAUGGUAGCACUACUGAAAUUUUUCAGAAUAGAUUUUUCUGACUGCGCUUUCCAAAAUGGUCUUCUUUUUAUCCCUCUUAAAAAGAUCAUUGGCUGGAGAUUAUGAAAUUAUAUUCCAGCAACAGACUGAGAUAGGCUGCUAUACGUUUUUAUUUUAUUGUAUUCCACUGCAUGGAAUACAAAGACACUGUAUCGUUUCAUUUUUAUUUUUUGAGGUGUGAGGGAGAUACAUGGAUAUAAUUCUGCUUCCUGUUCUACCUCUCAUUUCCACCCCAUCUGCAGCGGCUUCUGGCCAAGUGAUGAUGUCAAGGGGGCCCAAGUUCAAAUCUCCAUUCAGCCUUGAAGUUCAAUCUCUGGAUGAUGCUGGGCUGCUCCCUAUCUCUCAGCAAAACCAACUUCCCUUAUUGUUGUGAACAUUAAAUAUGGGGCAGGAAAAAUUACACUGCCUUAUAUUCCUUGGAGAAAAGGUGAGCUAUUGAAUCAAUAGAAUGCUUGCCCUGCCUUUCUCUCCCAUGCAUUUCACCCCCAAUCAUGUGUUGGUACCCGCACUUCUUAGCAGCCAUAUUGGUGCGGUUGCUGAUCAAAGCACAUAUUUAGACUGCUCUCUUGGGUUCACAGAGAAAUAUUCUAAAAAUGGCAAACCCAAUAAUGUAGAUAGCUUUUAAAAAAAAAACUCUACAGAACUUUGAGUUGUAAAAACUUUUGGGUUAUAUCAUUGGAAAUUUUUGGGUUGUAUCAUUAGAAAUCAGAGCUUCUGGCACAAGUUUCCAGGCACUCUGAGCUCUGGAACCAGAAAUGAACCACUGCCAACCCCUUACCUGCUUCCACUGCCUUGUUUCUUGCCAUCCUCUCUUGUCUGUGAGGAUGCCAAGUCUGCCCCUUCCAGCCCAGAGUUACAGCCUUAAGUUAGUGGUGGAGCACACGCUUUGCAUGCAUGCAAAAGUCUCUGAUCCACUCAAACCCUGGCAUCUCCUGAUAAAAAGAGGAAAUAGUCUGUUGAGCAGCGAUCAGGAAGAGCCACAGCCUGCUUAGGCGGAUGGUACUGGGCUGGCUGGAUUAGUAGUGUCAGUUGGGCAUAGGGCAGCUUUGCUGUUCCUAAGGAGGAAACAGUAGCUCACUGUUGCUUUAAAAAAUUGCUUACAAACUUCUUGACUAAACAGUGAAACCUGCAAUCCUCUAUACCUGCAACUGUCAUUAUUCCUGUUUGUGCAGAGGAUGAUGAAAGCCGUGACUCAACCCAGUGGAGGAUGCAAAAUUGGGGAAGGUGGAGGUAUUACCAUAUUCCAAUCAAAGUCCUGUAAUUAAAAUGGGACUUACUGUGAAUAAGGAUGCAAGCUCAAACCCAUUUUCCCCCCAAAGAAAUAACAUGGAAAUACAUUUAUUGUGAGAGCCCACGGCUUAGAUGCUCUGUGUGUGAGGAUCUGGAGGUAGGGAUGGUGUGCUCUUUGUCUGCUCUUGAAGCCCUGUGUUGCUGUUACGACAAACUGGCUAAGAACUUAAUGACUGCUAUGCUGAGAAAAAGGGGUCAAACAGCCAGGAGAUGUUCAACAAUGAAAGGAAAGGGGAUAACCUGUCCGAAGCAUCUGUGUUUUCUCUUAAGUGUGUUGCGAUAUUUGUCAUUUGUUAGAGGGGAGAGAGUCCACAAAUGUUCAAUAAAACCGACUCUGUGGCAUUCAA